AUGCUGAAUUAUUGUAAAAUUGAGAUUAAUAAGGGGUGUUUGGUUGGUGAGUUUGCUGUGGAGAGAAAGUUCCAGAAACUAUACACGGAUGCAAAGUUUCUUGAAGUCCAGAAACAGUGUAUGCGGGAGGUUGAGCAUACUGUGUCGGAAAAAGUAUGGAUAUGGUCAAAGUAUUUGAAAAAGGAAAUUUCACUAGGUGGCCGGAAGCGUAUAUAUGUUGUAUUGUUCAACAAGAAGACCUCUUUUGCGAAGUGUGAAUGCAACCACUUUGAGUGCCAUGUCAUUGUUUGUAGGCACAUCAUUAACGUUUUGUACGUGGAGAACGUUGAAACUGUACCGUCCGGUUAUAUUGUUGAUCAUUGGAGGAAAGAUAUCCAACGCAAGCACACUCUUGUGAAGGUUGCUUGCCAUGAUCCGGAGAAAACUGAUGAAGUUAAGCGUUAUGACAAGAUUAUGAAUGCGACGGAACCCGCUACUCUUCGAGGUUCAAUUUCUGAGCAGAAGUUGGACAUGGUGAUUGAAGGCAUUAUGAAUAUUGUGUUACGUCUGGAUGAGAGUGAUGUGGUUACAACAGUUGUUGGUGAUAAUCAAGGAGGUGGACCAUCUUCUGUUGGGAACAGAAAGGCGAGUGACGGGCCAACAACUCCCGGGUUCGUAAACAAACCUCCUAAGAGCAUUGGAGAUACUCCCACUCCAACCCCGACAGUAAUUAUAAAAGAUCCUGAUACGCGUGGUGGUGUCAAGGCUCACAGGACACGUGAUAAACGAUUCUUGCAACCCGGCGAGAAUAAAAAACCGGCAAAGAAACAAGUUAGGAAAACCAAAAACGUAGUUGACGAUGACAACCCAGAACCAAGUAUUUAUCAAAACAGGGGGCCUAUGUCGGUUCACCCACAAAAUAAUUAUGUUCACCCACAAAUCCCCUUCACUCCUGGUUGGGGUGGCCAUAAUCGAUAUGUAAGUAAUGUUGCUGCUGAUCCACAGCAACAUGAAGGGGUUGUAAGAGGCAGUAUGAUAUACCCGGAACAGAACUACAACAAUGGGGUGCCUGUUCAACACUAUCAGUCAUCCAGCAGUAGAGUUGGUGGAGGAGUUGCAACAAAUUUGUUUCCAUUAGGGUGGGAUUCGUAUGAAUCCUGA